AUGGGUUCUCUGAAUGCUGUGACUUCCCUAGCAUUAAGAAACUCUUCCACACUUAUAGCAGAGUGCAUGUGCAGCACAGGGAGCACACGACACCCUCCAAACUCCGUGAGCACUGCAAUACAGCCGGCGGCUGCUGUCAGCACUGCCUCGGAGCAGACCUGGAAGUUACAGAAGACAUCUUUAAGCGAAACCACGGCGUCCGAAGAGGACGGGGCUGGGAGCCCCGCACGGCGCAGGAAGAGAUGCGCCGCGGCUGAGGUCACCUCCCCCGUCCCCUCGUGUACCGGAGAAACGCUUUCAGGACCACCCGGCCCUCCUGGCCCCUCCGCGCAGCCCGGGCUCUACUCCGCGCUCCCGCAGGGGCUGCCCCCGCCCCGGAGGCCAUCUGGGACGGGGCCGACGGCGGCCACAUGGUCCCGGCGCCUCCCAUCCCCACCGGGGCCCGGCUCCCGCGGCCUCCCGCAGGGCCGGGCCAGGUGGGAGGGGUGCCUCCGACCCGGCAGGCCCGCACAAAGCCCGACGGCUCCGCGGGGACCCCGGGUCGGGCGGGGGGGCGGCACGGCCCUGCGGCUCCCCAGGGAGCGACGCCCCCCUCCGCAGCCCGGCCCGCCGGAGCCCCCUCCCAGGGCCCCGCAGACAAUGGAGCCCGCACCGCCGGCCUACUCCCCGCUUCCUGCCCGCCGCACGCCCCCUGCCCGACCUGCCGCCGCUGUCCCGCGGGCGCUCCCGGGCGGGACGGGGCGCUAUCGGGCCCGGGGCGCGGGGCCGCGGCCCGGAGGCACCGGCGCCGCGGAGGCACAGAGCGAGCGGCGGCGGGCGGCGGGGCGGGGAGAGCCGGAGCGCCCUGCCCUGCCCGGCCCCUUCCCGGUGCCGGAACGGGGCCACUCACCUCCCCGGGCGGCCGCCGCAGGGAAAGCCGGAGGUCGCCGCUGCCGCCGCCGCCCGGCCGGGCCCGAAGGAGUUAAAAGGAAGGGCCGGGCGGGCCCGUCCCAUUCAUUAGCUGGGCGCUUUGUCUCCAGCCGCCGCCGCCGCCGCCGCGGCGCUGAGCAGGCUGCCCCGGCUCGGCCGCCACAGGGCGCGCUGCGCAGGCGCCAGGCGCGGGGGGCGGCCCCGCAACCGUCGAGCGGCGGCACGCACGACGCACAACAUGUCAUCCGCCGGGCCGCAAAAUGGCUGCCCCCGGGGCUGCGGCGGGCGACUGCGCCAUCGGGAUUUGGGCAGCGGGAUGCGGCCUUCUUCUCUGGGUCCCUAGGGGCGGCUGUGGCUCUAAAGGUGUCUCGGGAUCGAGGCCGGACGGGAGUUGUCGGGGCUGCGCCUCGUCCCAGCUCCCUGCUGAGGCAGCCGGAGCUUCGCAGCUCGGUCCGCGGUGGCCGCGGCGGGACUCGGACCCGCUGCAGGCCCGGCCGGCCUUCGAGCAUUUGGCUCUGCGUAGCUGUGUGUAGCUCUGCCUGCUGCCCGCUACCUGCUUUAGGGCGCCUCACGACGUUUGGAUGGGAUCACCCCCGUAGCACGGGGAGAGCUGCUCCGGGUCAGGGCUGUGCGCUGUCUGUUCCAGCUGAGCAGCGGUACUCUACGUGCUUGCCAUCUGGGCGUUCUCCUGGGUAA